GUAUAGAAGAGGUUUGCCUAGGAGAGCCUGAGUCAGGUUUCACACGUAGAAUUUGACCUAAAGCUAAACGAGCUCUGCCAUCUGCCUGGGGGUUUCCUGGGAAAUGCUGAGAACUUUGGAGGUGCCUCAGCUCUAAGGGCCCUGCCAUGUCCCGCAGGCUGGGCCGGCUGGGCCUGUGCAGCCUGGCCGUGCUGCUGCUCAGCUGCCUGCUCUUCCUGAAGAAGGGGGCCAAGCCAGCCGCGGCUCCCCCAGAGCUCCGCCGCAGCCAGUGUUCCCCCAACCACACAGUGGCUAAUGCUUUCCUGUCCCUACGUCACCGCCUCUUCUUAACUUAUCGCCACUGCCGCAACUUUCCCAUCCUGCUGGAGCCCUCGGGCUGUGCUGAGGACACCUUCCUGCUCCUGGCCAUCAAGUCGCAGCCGAGCCACGUGGAGCGACGGGCAGCCAUCCGCGGCACAUGGGGCCAGGCGGGGGACUGGGCUGGGCGCCGGCAGCUGAGGCUGGUGUUCCUCCUAGGGGUGGCGGGCCCCGCGUCCCCUGCACAGCUGCUGGCCUAUGAGAGUCACAAGUUUGAUGAUAUCCUACAGUGGGACUUUGCCGAGGACUUCUUCAACCUGACUCUCAAGGAGCUACACCUGCAGCGCUGGGUGGCGGCCGCCUGCCCCCGGAUCCACUUUGUGCUCAAGGGAGAUGAUGACGUCUUUGUCCAUGUCCCCAGUGUGUUGGAGUUCCUGGAUGGCUGGGACCCAGCCCAGGACCUCCUGGUGGGAGACGUCAUCCACCAGGCCCUGCCUAACAGGAACACCAAGGUCAAAUACUUCAUCCCGCGCUCCAUGUACAGGGCCCGCCACUACCCACCCUAUGCGGGGGGCGGAGGAUAUGUCAUGUCCAGGGCCACCGUGCAGCAUCUCCAGGCAGCUGUGGAAGAGGCUGAACUCUUCCCCAUUGAUGACGUCUUUGUGGGGAUGUGUCUGAGGAAGCUGGGGGUGAGCCCCACACACCACGCUGGCUUCAAGACGUUCGGGAUUCGGCGGCGCCUGGACCCCUGCCUGUACAGAGGGCUCCUACUGGUGCACCGCCUCAGCCCCCUGGAGAUGUGGGCCAUGUGGGCCCUGGUGACAGACGAGGGGCUCCACUGUGCAGGUGCUCCCCUGCCCCGAGGGGUGGGUUGAGCAAGAGCUUGAGUGGACUCCGUUGAUUUUCCAUUAUGAAAGAAAUUGAGAACCUGGAAAACUGACCCUUGCUGGUCUACAAGAAAUGCUGACCUAGAUUUUGUAACCCCCCCUCCCCCUGUGACUUGAACUUUGAUUAAAACCCCUGAAACGCUAA